AUGGGUUUUGGUUCUAAUGGCAGCUUGCUUCCCAGCUAUCGAAAACCUCUUCCAAGUGAGCAAGUCGAAAGUGUGCUUCCAGAUACCCGGCUUCCUCCUGCUUCUCCCUCAUCUUGCCCCAGCUUUACGGCUGCUGUACCUCCCUCAACCUCUUUUCUGCCCUCCCAGCCUGAUCAAGUCUCCCCAGGGCACCACGCUAUGAAGAGUUGGGUAGAAACACAAGGCCUCGCCAGCGACAGAGGGACUUCAAAACUCUGGGAGCAUCAACGCGUCACCGCUCCCUUUGCCGCCCACCGUUAUAGCUCAUUACAGAAACGUCUUUUCUGGUGGGCAAUUCGAUACUACUUCGCCGAAGACUCCACGUCACAGUCAAUUCAGGACAAACAGUAUCGCAACCUAGUCUACUACAUCAGCUUAUGGUUGGAGGUCACAUGGGUGGCAGCCGUUAUCUUCGACUGCCUGGGACUCGGCUUGCCGUACAUUUUUAGGUUUAUUGCAAGAUACAUCAACUCUUCUCAUCAGAGGUACUGGAGAAUCUUGAAGUUCAUGCGCCGCCCGAUUUGCUUUCUAGGUACCACUAUUGUGACCUUUAUCUUCUUUGCCGCUUGCAUCAACACAGACGAACUCCUUGCUGUCAACGUCAACAAGGAUUCGAACACAUUUGCUUGGGAUGAUGUUGUGGCCGACAUCUUAGAACCAGCUACCCUUUGGGUGGCCUUCUAUAUUGUCGAGAAGCUAUUGAUAUCCUACAUCUCCGUGCACUACCACUAUCGAGCAAAUCACUCCAAGCUUACUCGCACGAAAGACAUCCAGAAUGCCCUUAUUACACUUUUCGACGCAUCAACAUAUCUUCAACCCGUCCACCGCGGCACUUUCGAUGAGGAGGACAUGGUCAUCCGCAAUGCCAACGGCGGAAGCCAUAAGCAACAGCGAAUGAGGGUUUCAAGCUACCUUGCUCGACUAGGUCUUGACGGCUACAAGCUGGUUGGACUAUUUGGAAACUUCAUUUCCGACGAUCCCAAUGCCCAUUGGAUGCGUCCAGCGAGUACUUACGCUAUCAUAGAGCGUGCUUGGGGAAACCAAGACUCGGCGACUGCACUUGCAAGGCGCAUCUGGUUCUCCUGUGUCGCUCAAGAUAAGUCGAGCCUGACUCUGAAUGACAUUAAGGAAAUUCUCGGUCCUCAUCGUACACCGGAAGCCACCAAGGUCUUCACCACCCUAAGCGAUGGUCAAAGUCAUGAUAUCCGCCUCGAAGAGUUUACAGCGAUUAUCCUAGAAGCUGGCAAAACGCGACAGGACAUCUACCGAAACAUCAACAACAUGGACCACUGCAUUAACACUUUUGAUUAG